AUGGCAAAAGAUUCCCAUACAUUGCAAAAAGGUACUCUCGUCCAGCACAUCGCCAAACCGAAUAAACUGAAAGGCCAGCUGUCUGAAGGAAGCAUGGAAUCUUUGGCAACUACCAUUCGUUUCGUCACGCUGAACUGCCAAACACUAUCAAGUAAACUCCAACAAGCCGUCCUGUCCUGGCUUCUGCGAUAUCUCUGUGUGCCAUUUGCUGCACUGCAGGAAACGCGCAUGACAGAUCGUCCCUUCGUCAGCAUCGAAAAUUACACCACAUACUCCGGCGAUGCUGAUGAGAACAAAGUAGGUGGCUGCGCGAUAGCUGCGAGGAACAACUACAACAACCUGGUGGAAGAAUUUGGAGGACGUAAACUCUGGAUCGUAUGUGCUCACGCACUUCCCGAAACCACUGAGGAUGACAGUAAGGCCGCCUUCUAUGAUGAAGCCCACGCGUUGAUGCCUAAAAUACCAAGCCAGCAGGUGGUCAUUGACGCAAAUGCGAAGAUGAGACUCGAGCAGCAGUCCGAUGUGCUAAGAAAAUGGUAUUACCCAGCGGAGCGCAAAAAUCGAAAAACGAGGAAUCAUCGACGCCAUCAGCUCACGUGGCAGGGGUCAACCCUUUUAACACCUGAAGAGCAGCGCAAACGGAAGAUGAGAACUCUUAAACUCCAGCUCGACUACGUUCUGGCGAGGGACAUUCCUCAGUCAGAUAUCAGGAAAUCUAGAGCUGUUUGA